AUGUCGAACCUAUUGCACAAAGUCAAAGACGCCGUCACCCACGACAAGCCCAGUCACUCAUCUAACACCGCACAAUAUGAUCCAAACAUCGGCAACCAGGCAGAUUCUCGUGUCGACAAUUCCUUCAAGGGAACUUCUGGAACUACCGGAACUACUACCGGCGUAGGCGGUGCCGGUGCCGGUGGAGUGUCUUCGGCUACCCCUUAUAAAAACACCACCACAUAUGGCCGGCCAUCUGAAUACGACAACACUCGCUCAACCAAUGCUGGCCCACACACCUCGAACAUCGCCAACCAGGUCGACCCCCGUGUUGACGCCACCCGAGGCCAACAUGGCACCACAGGCGUGACCUCUGGUGGCUACAGCAACCCCAAUACCGGCCUUCGUGGCUCCAACGUGGCCAACACGACCGACCCUCGUGUGGACAGCAACCGCAACAACUACGGAACCACAGGUGGAAUUCCCAGUGGCUAUAACAACCCCCAUACGACUAACGCUGGCCCCCAUGGCUCGAACGUAGCCAACGUGGUAGAUCCCCGUGUUGAUAGCGAUCGCAGCAAAGUUAGCACCGCCGGCGGUGUGACUUCGAGCGGUAUUGCUCCUGGCGACACGGCUUCUGGUGGUAUAAGCUCUGGCGGUUACAACGUCGGCAACCCUCACUUGGCUAAUGCCGAGCCGAAUUCUGCUAGCAGGACAGAUCCUCGCUUUGGUUCUUCUGACCGUAACCUCAGGUCUGGUGUUGCACCGGCUGGCAGCAGCUACACAUCCCCUGGAAGCGGCACUACCCAAAAUACCGCUGGUCCUCACAACUCCGACUUGUUGAACAAGCUUGAUCCCCGUGUCGAUUCAAACUUGGACAAUAGCCGCACCAUUGGUCGCGAUGCUACUCGAUCCUAA